ACGGCUAUUAAACGGUUAAACCCUUCUAAAGUCUCAUUUCCACUGCGUAGGUCCCUAACAUGGCCGUUAUCUGCCGUCCAAAACCCCUCGCCGCCCUCCUGAGCCACGUGGCCACCGCUGCGCCACCACUUCUCCGCCUACUCCACACUCUCCGUUCAAGACCUUAUUCCACAUCUUCCUCUGCUCUGCCGCAGCUCGAUCCCGAUUACUACCACCACCACUACGGCGAUCAAGCCCGCUAUUCGCCGCCGAGUUCACACCGAGAUAGGCCGUUCGCGGCGGCCGUGAAUCCAGACACUCAGGAGUGGCUCCCGCUAAGAGGAGUGCAAUUGGUGUUUAUUGGUUUCAAGACGAAGCACCUCUACGCCGAGAGGCUCUCGAAGCUUCUGGAAGUCCCCCACAUUUCCAUCAGUAGCAUCCUCCGUCAAGACCUCAGCCCUCGUUCCUCCCUCUAUAAACAGAUUGCAGAUGCAAUGAGCCGGAGAACAAUUGUUCCUGAAGAGAUUAUAUUUGGAUUGUUGUCAAAGAGGUUAGAAGAUGGAUAUCACAGAGGAGAAACUGGGUUUAUAUUAGAUGGGAUUCCUCGAACGCUGCCCCAAGCUGAAAUUCUUGAUAAACUCGUCGACAUUGAUUUGGUUAUGAAUUUCAAAUAUGCUGAGGAUGAUGUAAUGGACAUUUGCACAAAUGGCAUCCUUUCUAGGCACCACAAUUCUGCAGACUUGGGAACACUUGCUACUACUAAAUUGGGAUCUGCCACAUCAAAAGAGGAAUUUGCAUGGAGGGAAAAGCUCCAUAUGUAUGCAAAUCAGAUCAAGCCUGUUGAAGAGCACUACAAGAAACAAAAGAAGCUUCUAGAUAUUCGAGUAAGUAGCGUCCCCGGUGAGACAUGGCAAGGGCUUUUGGCAUCUCUACAUCUGCAGCACAUGAAUGUUCAUCCCAGAUUUCCUCCAGAACCAAAUCAGCCUUAAUGUCUUUUUGCUUGAGAGAUUGUAUAUUUGUAGUUUACAGUUCAACUGCCAGAAUAUAAUAGGAUUUCAUUAAUGCAUGUAUAUAUAUAUUAUAUAUGCAACAUGGAUGAUUCUU